GGUAUACGUGCCUCGGUGUGUGUGCAGCGCGGCGACGCUGGCGAGUUCAGUUUCUUGCCUUUGGCAGCCGAAAACGUUGCGCAGGUUUUUCAAUUCAUUCGCAUUUGGACCGCAGUCGCGGCAACAACGCUACUUGCGAAACGAAACGAAACGCAGUGAGUGUAAUGCGCUAAACUCUCAAGUCAAUUUUGCGUUGAAACGAGACGCCGUCGUCGUCGUCGCAGCAGCGGCGUUGUGACGUCAAAAGCAGCAGCAGCAGCAGCAGCAGGAGCGUUGCCAUAUCUACUCCCGCCCGACGCCUCCCCGCAACACACACACACACACACACACAACUCGCAUACGAAAACAAUAUAAAGGAGCACAUACCAAAAAACCAAGUAGAAGAAGAAGAAGCAAUACGACAACUAGCCAUAAUACGUGUGAGAGAGCGGGAGAGACAGAUAGAGAGAGAGAGAGCGAGAGAAAGAGAGCGUUAGCUUUGUGCGAGCAACAACUACAACUACAACUACAACUACAACAAGAACAAGAACAGCGACAACGUUGCAAAAGGAGCCAUAAAAAUGGAACAGCCGAGCAUACUCGUUAAAAUCCUGCAUUCAAUACCGCAUGUGAAUUACACAUUUCGUCGGGUUAAUGACACCUUCAAUCCGGAUAGCGAUGUUUACCUAGAGAGCCUGGGCAUCUUGGCCUCAAUACCCGCCGGACUGCUGAUACUCUCGCUGCUCGGCCUGCUCCUGUAUCUGUUGACGCGCUGCUGCGAUCGCAAGCAGCGCAAGCCGAGCACCCAGCGCUGCCAGAGCUGUUCGCUGGUCAUCAUAACGCUGAUGACCUGUGCGGCCAUUGGACUAGGUUUAUAUGGCAACGAUGAUUUCCACAAUGGUCUGCUGCAGGCUUUCAGCUCCGGCAAGAAGGUGGAGAGCCUUGUGCUCAAUCUUAAACAAGAGACUGAAACCAUCAAGCGCGAUCUGGAAACGAAAAUGGCUUCGCACAACGUUGUGAAUCAGGUGGAGAGACAGCAAUACAAUCAAACCGCUGUCAUGCUGCUCAUCGAGACGUCCCGUCUGGUGCGGGAGAAUACCUCACGUGCGGUCACCUCGCUGGACAACAUGGUGCUCUACUUCAUGAAGACCAAGGGCAGCGAGAAUGAGACCUCGCUGAUGGGCAUUCUGCAUCUGGGCGAUCUAUACGAAUCUAUACGCUGGCCGGCCACAUUGGCCUUCCUCACCCUGCUUCUAUUCCUGUGCACCGUGCUGGUCAUCGGCGUUGCCCGUCGUUCGCGCUGCACUUUGAUUUUCUUCAGCGUUUCGGGUUUGUUCUGCAUCAUCAUCUGCUGGCUGUUGGCUGGCAUCUAUUUGGCCUCCAGCGUGGCAGCCGGCGACUUUUGUAUGCGACCGCAUGAGUAUAUGUGCCGCCAGGUAGGCAUGCGCAGUCCUUAUGUCUAUUUCCUCAACUGUGGCACGUUGCGCAAUCGCUUUAUACUGCGCCUCAACGAGUCACGGGAUUUGGUGGAACGUGCCCGUGAGAGUGUUGAAAUGAUGCAACGCAUGAGCCAGGACACGUAUCCACGCAUUGACAUACAGCGCACGCUUAACGCCAUGGACAACGAUCUGGAGGAGACGAAACGCAAUCUGACCAAUCUCUCGGCCACGCUGGACAGACGCGCCAUCGACCGCCACUAUGCGGAGGCGUUGCAGGGCCUCUGCGGCGGCGGCCUGCUCGGUCUCAGUCUGAUGAUGGUCGCCGGUCUGUUGACCUCGUUUCUGCUCACGAUACUCGUCUAUGCGGACUCGCAUGCCUGGAUUUAUCUGAGCAAGCGGCCCACAAUGGAUGGCGACAAGUCGGAGACGGCGCCGCUGUUUUCGGCCUCGAAUGCGCCGAGCGCCAGCAUUUCGCCAACGGCGCCCAUGAGCACCGGCACCAUCAAUCGGACGCUGCUGCAUCAUCAGCAGGCGCAUGGUGGUCCCAUUGGUGGCAGCGUUGCCGGCGGCGCUGGAGCCGGGCACACGGGCACCCUGCCCAGCAGCAACAGCUUGACUGGCGGCAAUGGCGCCGGCCCCUACAGGAAUGGCACAGCGGGCCUGCGACAAGGGUUGGCAUCACCAUCAUCACAAUCAAGCAACAAUACAUCAUCUACUACAACUUACCACCACCACCACAACAACCACAACAACAACCACCACUACAACCACAACAAUACACAGCAUAGAACUAACUCAACGGCGGCAGCGGCGGCGGCGUCGGCGGCGGCCUCAUCGCUGUCCAGCCGCUCCAAUGGCGGCCGCCGUUCGCCGUCGCCGCCGCCCGGCUAUGAUUUGGUGCAUGGCACAAGAUCGGGCCACCAUACGCUGGGUCGCCUGCCAUCGCACCACCAACAGUCGGCGUCGUAUCUGCCCGGGCCAAACAAUGGCAAAUACGCGACGCUCAGCAAGCAGUGUAAGACGCUCGAAUCGAACGACUUCUACUGAGAUUCGCUUGCCUGCAGCACGUAUGCAGGCAAUAGCAACAACACGCAGCACAGCAGCAACAUCAAUCAGCAGCAGCAGCAACAGCAGCAGCAACAGCAGCAGCUGCAGCAGCAACAACAACAACACCACCACAGCAGCAGCAGCAGCAACACACUGAAGAACAUAUUCGCAUCGGCAACGCUGCCCCGCUCCACGGGCAGCUCCAUACGCUCCGUGCUGUCCGCCCAGACGGCCAAUGCCAUUUGCAAGUCGACGGGCAACGGCCUGGACGCGGCCGAUGUGCUGAUCGACGAUCGUGAUCCGCGCGAUGUCACCAACAACAGCUUCAAUCGCUUCGAUCCCAAGUACAUUAGCAUCGGGCCCAAGGCGGUGCGCGGCAACAACAAUUUGAAUAUUGUUGCGGCCGCCACGGCCAAUAAGUGCGCCACGCUGCGGCAUGUGGGUCGCUAUGGUGGCUCCCUGAAGGGCGCCUCGCCGUCGCCCAACUUGCGCAGCGCCAAAACGCCAUCCAUAGCGACGGUGUCCAAGGACUACUGCCAGCAGGCGGAGUGCAUGCCGCAGGUCUAUGCCGCUGGCUCGACGGACAUGCUGGUGCCUAGCACGACGGCGCAGGUGGUGCAGCAGCAGCAGCCACCGCCGCCACCAUCGCAACAGCAGCAGCAACAGCAGCUGCAAAUGCAGUUGGUGGUGCAGCAGGUGGCGCCACCGCCGCCGCCGCCACAGCAGCAGCAGCAGCAGCUGUUGCAGCCACAGCCCGCACCACCGCCGCCACCCAAGCCAAAGAUAGUCAACACCUUUACGGAAAUACCAGGCACCACGGGCGUGGGCAGCUCCUAUGCCAAGGAGCAGCAGCAGCUGCUGGCGCUGCAGCAGCAACAGCAGCAGCAGCUGCUCGCCUUGCAACAGCUGCAACAACAACAGCAACAGCAGCAACAGCAGCAACAACAACAGCAGCAGCAUCAUCAUCAUCCACCGACCACACACAUUCUGCCCCCUUCGGCCGUGUACAGCAUUGAGAGCAGCAGCGUCUAUCCGGCGGCGGCAGCAGCAGCAGCAGCGCAGCAGGCAGCACCAACGGCGGCGCCACGCGUGCAGCGCUCCCUAAACCCAGCCUCGAUAGUCAAUCAGCCGCUGCCAGAGAUACCCGUGCAGUCGCCCACCGGCAACAGCGGCACGCCUGGCACCCAGUCGAAGAUCUCAUCUCAACAGCCGCUGUGCGCCGCCACCUUGGGCCAGUAUCGCUCGCUGCAGCGGCCACAGGCAGCGGCACAGCAGAAGCUGCAGCUUGUCGCGCAGCAACAGCAACAGCAGCAGCAGCAGCCGCCUUCUCUGCCGCCCAAGAAUCGGCACAAGAACUCGCGGGAUGUGAACAAUGCGAAUCAUAUGCAAACGUUGCCGCCCAAAUCUGUGAGCCUGCGCCAGCAGCAAACCGCCAGCUUUGGCUAUGAGCGCGAGCGCGACAGAGAGCGCGACAGAGAGCGUGAGCGGGAGCGUGAGCGUGAAAGAGAUCGCGAACGGGAGCGACCACGUCGCGCCGAAACGCUUGACAAUGCGCGCAGCUACGCCGAGCAGCAGCAAUAUGGAGCCCAGCCCCUGCUCAGCAGCAUGAAGAAGCAGCACUCCUACGACAGCAGUACCUACCACCACCAGCAGCAGCACCACCAGCAGCAGCAGCAGCAGCAGGCGGCCUACUACCAACAACGGCAGCACAACAACAACUAUCAUGGCACAGUUUCGAGCAGCGCCAGCAGCAAGCAUCAUCAGCAACAGUUGCUGGUGGAACAGCAACAGGCGCUCUUCUAUCGCUCGCUGAAGCGCAGCAGUGGCGCUGGCGGCGGUGUAGGUGGCGGGGGCGUGGCAGCUGGCAUUGUGACAGCGUCUGGUUAUGCCAACAGCGAUUUGUAUUCUGUGACGGAAUUGUAGGAGUGCGCCUGCUGCGGCGGCGGCGUUGAUGUGCGGCGUGCCACGAACUGUUCGACGGGCACGAGCGCAACAUCAACGGCGCUGCACGCAGCGGCGGCGGCAGCCUCAGCCAGCACACAGACACAAACUCAGACGCAAACGCAGCUCAGCCAGGCGCCCAUACCGCUACCGCCCAAAAAGCAUCGCACACAGCAGCAGCAACAGCAACAGCAGCAGCAGCAGCUGCCCUGCAAUGCGAAUCUGUGCGAUGAACACGAGUACGACGAGUAUUGCCCGCAGCAAUAUGAGUCACAGCAGCAGCAGCAGCAGCCGCAGCAGCAAAGCUCACGACAUGGCAAGCAGCAGCGCGCGGCCACCUUUGACCUGGCGGAUGCACGUGACUACGAGCUGAAGCGUUUGGGCAAUCGACGCUCCCAGCAGCAGGCGGCCAGCAGCAAGCGAAAUGGCGCAACAUCAGCCAGCGAUCAGCAACAGCAGCAGCAGCAGGGACAGGGGCAUCAUCAUCAUCGCACACACGACCGGGAACGUUCACGCAGCGAUCAUCGCAUUGCCAGCUAUGCCUGCGAGGAUGCAGCAGCGGCGGCUCUGUGCAGCGCCGGCUCCAUGAGCCUGCUGCCAGCCAAUGGCAGCGCACAGCAGCAACAGCAGCAGCAGUCGCAUCGCAGCCAUCAUCAGCAGCAGCAGCAACAGCAGCAACAACAGCAGCAGCAGCAGCAGCGACGGGAGAAAACAUUCAAAGUAUGAUUUUUAGAGACGUCAUAAAAAUUGCCCAGCCCGCGACAAGUUGGCUACAAACACGACGACGACGGCGGCGGUAUUGAUGUUGCUGCUGUUGCAGCUAAGCGCAGGCGACGCACGCGCUGAACAGCAGCAACAACAGCAACAACAACAGCAGCAACGACGACGACGACGACGACAUUGGAGCCAGCCAGCGUUGCGGAUUUUUCUAAUAAUAAGAAAAUUGCACACACACACACACACACACACAUGCGAAAUGAAAUCAAAUUAUAUAUGAGUCCAGAAUGCACCUUAUAACUUACGAUCCGCCCCCCGCACUAAACCCUGCCAACCACGCCCCUGAAAUGUGUUAACGAAAAUAUUUGUAGCAAUUUGUAUUGCCGAUAUUGGCGAAAAGAGUUCAAUGAAAAUCGAUGCGAAAAUUUGUUCAAUUAAGUGAAAAGUGAAGGCAAGUUGUGCAGCACGUGCAACUU